GAGGGAGAGAAAGAGUUGGUGGUGAAAUCGAUGAAGUGGCUGGCAGAGGGAGGAAGAGGAGGAAGAAAAUCUCACGAGAUAAUGAAAGAAAAAGAGGAGAGCUGCUAGGGUAAAGAAAACGAGGCUAGUGCUGCACGUUUUAGGACCGCGAACGUUUGGAAAAAAGACGAAAGGCACGGACAGAGGACGUUUGGGGGUAACCGCCGUGGUGUUUUGUUGAAUGUAGGAUCCCUUGGCGCAUCGGACAACACUGUGUGGAUGUGUGCGGACGGGUUGGCUGGGCAGAGACUGGCGACACAAUCGGAGGGAUGCACAGGAUGGACUACAGCCGCGGAUACGCUCAAAUAAGUGGAUAAUAAAGGCACAAAAGCCAGGCGCCCGCCGUCCUACGCUGCUAGGUACCAAAAGGAGACAGAGGGGAAAGAGACUGUUGUUGCACAAAUGAACCUAAUAUGAUGGUUAAUUUUGCCGACACUGUUGCACACUCGUUUUCCUGGAGUUUAAGGACACUACUUAACUUUAUCAGAUAAUUAAUUAGACACCCCAUAAGCCAGGAAAUCAAUUCAUUUACAAAUCAAUAAAUCCAUAGAGUCUCCCGUAACAAGAGACCUUCCAGACACUUUACACCCGUCCGUUAAACAACAACAACAACAAGCCAAGAAAAAAAACCAAAGCGCCAGAAGAAUAAAAACACAAAAGAGCCGGGCCCCUCCACGCCGAGCGAGGAUGGAUGUGAGUCUGGGGGAGAUGUCCCUCCACAGCCACCCCGAGCUGGCCCACAGCCAGGACGGCCGGGCCAUGCUCCACACCAGGGACCUCUCGGCCGCCUUCCCCCGGCCCACCCUUGGGGGCCCCUCCAUGUCCCUGGAGCCCGAGCACCGCCCCCCGGGAUUUGACCACUCCAUGUCGGCCCUCGGCUACGGCGGCGACGCGCCCUCCAGCUGCGGCAGCACCUACACCACCCUGACGCCGCUGCAGCCCUUCGACGACAAGUUCCACCACCACCACCACCACCACCACCCCUGCCUGCCCGUCAGCAACGUGAUCGGCAGCUUCACACUGAUGCGGGAGGACCGCGGCCUGCCCGGGAACUUCUACAACCCCUACGCCAAGGAGCUGGCGGUGGCCCAGAGCCUCAGCCCGCCCUCGGCCGCGGGGGGCUCCUCCGCCAUGCACGGCUACGGCGGCCUUGGCGCCAGCCCCCCCGCCAACCCCAACGCAGGCCAGAUGCUGCACGGCGGCUACGAGGUGCACGCCGGCAACCUGUUCUGCCGGACCCCCGACUUUGGCCGCGACAUGUCCCCGCCGGGCCUGGGCGUAGGCGGCGGGGGCGGGGGCGGGGGCGACGGCUCGCUGGUGGGUCACCAGCUCAACAAGAUGGACGCCCACCAGCACGCGCCCAGCCACCACCCCCACCUCUACAACCAGCACUACCAGCACCACCCACACCACCCCCACCACCCCCACCACCCGCACCACCCCGGCCAGCAGAACGCCAAGAUCCUCGGGGAGCACCCGCUGGCCUCCGCCUCGCCCGCCCUGUCCCUGUCCCCCCCGGGCGAGGGGAUGCACGGCGGCGGCGGCAACAACAACGGCGGCGGCGGCGGCCUGGGUGGAGUAGGAGGCGGAGGAGUGGGCGGGGAGGAGAUUAACACCAGGGACGUGGCCCAGCGCAUCAUCACGGAGCUGAAGCGCUACAGCAUCCCCCAGGCCAUCUUUGCUGAGCGGGUGCUCUGCCGGUCGCAGGGCACCCUGUCCGACCUGCUGAGGAACCCCAAGCCCUGGGGGAAGCUCAAGUCGGGCCGGGAGACCUUCAAGAGGAUGUCCCGCUGGCUGCAGGAGCCCGAGUUCCAGAGGAUGGCCUCGCUCCGGCUUGAGGCAUGCAAGCGGAAGGAGCAGGAGCAGAGCAAGCUGGAGCGGAACCAGGGGCCCAAGCGCACCCGGCUGGUGUUCACUGACCUCCAGAGACGCACGCUGCUGGCCAUCUUCAGGGAGAACCACCGGCCGGCCAAGGACCUGCAGAUCACCAUCUCCCAGCAGCUGGGCCUGGAGCUGUCCACCGUCAGCAACUUCUUCAUGAACGCCCGGCGCCGCAACCUCAACAAGUGGGCCGACGAGGGCCGCCCGUCCUCCACGGGCUCCUCCGGCUCCAGCGUCUCCUCCUCCGCCGUGUCCUGCAGCACCGCCUGAGGAGGAGGAGAGGAGGUGGGGAGAGGAGGUGGAGGAGACGGAGGCGGUGGAGUGCGUUAGAGCAAGUAAAGGUGGAGGUCACAUUGACCGGUCCGGGCAGGGAUCGGCCGUGAUUGCAAUGUUCUCCUCGUUAUUAGACGGAGCGACGGCGUUCAUUUAUUUAUUUUUUACGAAGACGAAGAAGUACUUUGACGCUUUUUCCUGAAACCAAAGUUCGAUAUCGCACCCCCUUUGGAAUGAAAAGGGGGUGCGAUGCCUAAGAGGAGGAGGAGGAGGAGGAUGGUGAUCGCAGGACACGGGAGGUCUUGCUUUGUACAGUCAAAGGGUGCCAUGUUUGAUCUUUGACUUUGAUGAGAAGAGUCACACCCUGUCGUGGACAUCUAUCUCAUUGCGUUUUCGAUUUUUUUACUUUCCGAUGCUGUAGAAUAGAGAUGAUGAUGACGAUGAUGAUGAUGAUGAUGAUGAGGGUAUUAUGAAUCAGGAGGAAGCAUAUUUUUCUUUUGGGGGGGGCCGCGUAAACCUCAGAGUCUGCGAGUCAUCUCUCUCUCUCUCUCUCUCUCUCUCCAAACGUGAACAAUCAAGAGGCAGAGGCCCACUCACAUUUGGAGGGACGUCGUGUAUUCUGAAUCAGUGUGCUCUCAAUUCCCUUGUGACCAGUCUUACCAUCCAACGUGUUUUCAUGCCCCCCGAUUUUUCUCUCAAGAAUCAAGGUGAACAAGAGAAAAAAAAGCGGCACUUAUUAUUUAACCAACUGUCACAUUUUCCGUUUUCAGUUUGUUUUCCUGAAUAACUUUUGGUAGCCUUUUCCACUUUCUUUAGCGGGUGUUUCCAUGGUAAUGGUUCACAGGACUAUGGACCUUGUUUUGGGAGAGGUCUUUCAUUGACCCCUCCCCGUUGUCAAUCAUUUACCACUGGCCAGAACCUCCAGCGUCCUGCACUACUCCACUGAAGAUGGUUGCGCCUUGAAUAAAUCGGCGUUUUUCAAGGGGAGAAUGUGCAGCGCACCUCACUGUAGGGCCAAGACAGAAUCAAUAAGGCAAACACGGGGAGCAGAAAAACCGAGAUGUGUUGGAGCAACCAUCGAAAUUCAAGACACAGAGCUUCCAAAACAAAAGCUCCAAAGCCAUUUCUGACUUUCAAGAAAACCCCUAAAAACCCCAAGACGAACAAAACAACAACAAAAAGAUAGACGCCAAAGUGAAAGAGGCAUCCACCAGACACAAUCUAUAUUGAAGUUUUAGUAUUUUUCCACUCAUCUAUUUUCAAACAACUGAACACAAAACAGUUCCAACAUCGCAAAGAUCUUUUCCUUUUCUUUUUUUAUCUAUCAGAUGUCUAGAAAAAUGGAGGAUUGUAAUUCUUUCAGCCCUUUUGUACAGAUUUCAAGCACAUCGCUCUAUUUAUAGAUACACGUUGGAAGUGCGGGGCAGUUGUUCCGGCCCCGCUGACGUACAAGGUCAUUUUUGGUCCACAGAGGAAGGGCUUUCAUGUCCCUCCUCAUAGCCAAUACUUCAAUUGGAACAAGAAGGUUUUAAAUGCAACUGCUGAUCUGAUCAAACUAUUUAUUACUGCAUUUGUGUAUUUAUUGAUUUAUAUUUUUGAUUUCCCUCGUUUUACUUUCCUCUCUCUAUUUAUUUGCCUAUUUAUUUAUUCUAUCUAUAUACUGUAAGUAUUUAUUUAAUGAUGCUUUCUAUGUCCUGUGUGAAACUAAAGACUUUUUUCUGAUGGGCACUUUUAGCUGUAGGCUCCCAUCAUAAUACCAAAGAUGAAGAUUGUCCUCCCUGAAUGUACUGAACCCUGCCCCUUUGUUCUCCCCCCAACCCCACCGCUGGUGUUGCGUAUGUCUCCAUCUCCCCGGCCCCUAGGCCUGGCCUCUUCUGUUGCGUUCGGGGGAUUCCUCUACUGUUUGUCUCUGUGGUCUGCUCCUGAAAUCCACGGCCAAAGCCUGUUUGAAUGUUGUAAUAAUGAUAUGAAUAUGAAUAAUUAUAAUAAUAAUUAUGAUCCUUUUAAAUACUGCUAGCGAUAACAAUGGUAACACCCAUAGGCCCAGAAGCGCAAAGGGGCACAUGGGGGCCCCCGCUCCAAGUCUGUAGGUCCUUGAGGGGCCCCUGACCACAUGUUAACGCAACGCACUGGGUGUCCGCCCGGGGGACUGCAUGGAAGGCCCCCUGACUCUCCCUGUCACCCCCGGCCCCCCACCCCGUGUCCCCAGUGAUGCAGGGCAGACGGGCUGAUCGUACUGUUCCCCCCGUACUGUUUCGUACUGUUUUUCACCUGCCAAAGACUCCUGCCAGUUGCCUCAGUUCCACACCGCUCCAGAGGGGUUAGGGGUCCUCAGUUGUAUGGGAGGUGGGAUAGCGAGGAAGGGGGCUUGGAGGGUACGGGGUGCCGUCUCCUCAGACCUUCGGUGCCGGUGAUAGCUGAUUAUUCUGUUGCGUGGGCGGCUGUUCUCCUAGUGACGUUGUUCUAGACAAGGGAACCAGCCCCCGGUAAACGCUGUCUGAGACGGUCCACUUCUGCAUCUUUAACACCCCACCCACCUCCACCCGGCCCCCCCCCGCCUCCCCCCUGUCUCACAGCGUGCACUUGAAAGACGUGCGGUCAUGAAAGAGGUCAUCGACUUUUUUCCGCACACUUCAAAGGGAAGGGUUUUCUUAGGGAUUUUUUUGUUUUGUUUUUUUUAUCCUCCCGUCUCCUCUACCGGGUAUCUGUUCAGGGGUCUGGGGUCUGCUCUCGGACAGACCUGUGGGCUUUAGGAGUGGGGUGGGGCGGGGGGGUGGUCGACAGGGCGUGGGGAGAGAUCAGAGAGCAGGCUGAAUCAUGUGGAAUUGGCAGUGGGAGGGGUGGAUCAGGAGCAGCAUGGAGCUGAAUGAAACUUUAAUGAGCAACAAUUGUACGCAUGCUGAGAGCGAGAAAGGGGGAGGAAAGGCGGGGGUGGAGGUGAGGAUGCAGGGUGGAGUCCGUUAGCAGGGAAAUAAAAAGAAGAAAGAUGAGAGGGAGGAAAAAACAGUGAAGCAUGUAGGCUGGUCUCUAGACUGGGGCCCACCACCGUGAGUGUAUACUAGUGUCAAAGGACAGGCGAGACAGAGGUUCGACUAUAUUUAGGCCUAGCGAACGACCUUCUGUUCUGCGUCAACCGGGGGAGCCCUCUUCCCUUCCGAAGGACAGGAGGAGGAAAUUAAGUAGGCCUUCCGCCGCAGGCGAUCUGCGGAUAUUCUAGCCUCUGGCGCCCCCCAGUGUGGACCCUGAACCCUGAAACAUCGUCACGGCGCUUUGCAAAGGAAGCUCAAAAAUGAUAAAAAAUAGUAAUAAUAGAAGCUAGCGUUUACUUUCAGAAAUAAACUUUUUUUUUGUAAAAAGGUAAAAACCAAAAAAAAAACAGUUCGAAUUAAAACCAAAGAUUGAUGGGUAACUGCUGAAUCAUUGUUGUUUCAUGGGUACUUUUAGCAGUUUCCUAUCAAAGCUAACGUUGCGCUCAGAGAAAUCCAAAAAGCACCGCGGGUUUAGCUUUCCUAAUGCCACGUGUUUACGUCGCAUUAUCUAACAGUAUUACGUCAAACUGGAACUGAGAAACUGACAUGAGGCAGUGUCUGUGGAUAAAAGUCUUUUUUUGACUCUGUGAACCCCUUUAGUGUUUACCCGAAUUGUCCACCCCCCCCCCCCCCCCUCCCCGAGUGUACAUGAAGACUUUACCCAUCUACCUCAACUGUGAGAUGUUGUGUGGCAACAAUGUUCCUUAACCAAAGAUUUCCAUCCUUUCAGGGUGUCUGUCUAUCUACGUCAUCUAUCUAUCUUAUCUAUCCUAUCUAUUCUAUAUGUCCAGCUGUCUCUUCUCCAUUCCUUCAAAAACCAAAUGUGCUGGAAUCAAUCUGUCGUUUGAGGCCCCAGAUGGGCCUCUGUCCAGCCAAAGCUAAAACUCCAGUAUGCUAGAGUGUCAUAUUUAUCCAUGUUCUGUAUGUAAAUAAAUAUAUGAAAAUCAUCCUCAAGACCAAAAAAAAGGAGGUGACAAUCCAAGCAAGGAGGAUCUUGCUGUAAUCAACGUUGCCUAAUCCUUGUUUCCGAAAAAAAUUCUGAAUCAUGUGACUUGCUGUAACAGAAAAGCCCAAUAAUCAAAUACCCUCCCCCCCCCACCUCCCCCCGAUAGAAAGGUCAGAGGAGACAAAGGCUAUUUUUCCACAUUUGUAAACCAAGCUGUUCCCAAGUAACCCCCUCCCC